UAUAGAUCUUCGCAUUUUUUUGAGGGAAAAAUAAAAAUAAAAAAUAAAAAAAAUGCAUUCUUUACUUUUCUCCCUCCUCUUCACUUCACUCUCUCUCCUCCACCCCUCCACGGCUCUCCCACCCCACCGUCCUCCACCCUCCAUUGCCACGAACUCCCUGUCUUCUUCCAUCCACGCGCCACCAGUUCCUCACCCCACUGUGUUCUUCGAAGUCACGAAACCCACACCUCCGCCAUCUACCACCACCACAACCGCCCCUUGCUCCCACCACCUCCUCUCCCACGACUUUGCCCACACCUACUCUCAACCCCCUGUCACCGCACUAUACUCCCCACCUUCUCACUGCCCCUUCACCCGCUACUCCUCCGUCGUCCUUGAAUUCACAUCCACUUGUAAAGGCCGCCAAUUCGACCGCAUCUUCGGUGUUUGGCUUAACGGCGUUGAACUCCUCCGUAGCUGCUCUGCCGAGCCUACACGCGAAGGUAUUUUCUGGAAGGUUCGUAAGGAUAUUACUAAGUAUUAUUCAUUACUUUUGCAAUCUAAUCAGACUAUUGCUAUUUAUUUAGGGAAUGUUGUUGACAAAACUUAUACUGGUGUUUAUCAUGUGAAUCUCACUUUUCAUUACUACCCAAUUGAGAAUCAUGGUGGAAAAAAUCAUCGAAAAUUAGGGAAUUUGUAUGAAAACUUUGCAGAUUUGAUCCUACCCAUUUCCAGAAAUUUGCCAUUGAACGAUGGGUUGUGGUUUGAAGUUGAGAAUUCAAGUGAUGUUGAGUCAAAAAGUGUGUCAAUUCCCAGAAAUGCUUAUAGAGCUGUGUUGGAAGUUUAUGUUUCAUUUCAUGAAAAUGAUGAGUUUUGGUAUACUAAUUUGCCGAAUGAUUAUUUGGUGGCGAAUAAUAUGAGUAAUCAACAGCCCGGAAAUGGGGCUUUUAGGGAGGUUUUGGUGAGUUUGGAUGGCGAAUUGGUUGGGAGUGUGUGGCCUUUUACUGUGAUCUUCACUGGUGGGAUUAAUCCCCUUGUUUGGCGGCCGAUUAGCGCGAUUGGAUCCUUUAAUCUACCUUCUUAUGACAUAGAAAUCACUCCAUUUUUGGGCAAGUUGUUGGAUGGAAAACCACAUGAUAUUAGCUUUAGUGUUACAAAUUCAUUAAAUGUGUGGUAUAUUGAUGCUAAUUUGCAUCUUUGGUUAGACAAUAAGGUGGAGGUGGUUAAGGGGCAGCUCUUGGAAAACAAUGUUGAGUCUCUAACAUUGUGGACGAAAUCCCAUUUCAAAGGACUUAAUGGGAAGUUUUAUGCUGGUGCAAGUAGGUCUAUAAUGUCUAAAGGAUGGGUAGAAUCCUCGAAAGGGUAUAUGACAACGAUUUCAAUACAAAAAUUUGAUUUUGAAAACUAUAAUGUGCUUAGAAAUGAUGGGAGUUUACAGACAGUGAAUCAGACAAUUGAUUUAAACACCACAGUUUUGACAAAACUGUACAAGGGGUUUGCUUGUCCGUUUUAUAAGACAGAAUCGUUGAAGAAGUUCGGGUUGUUUGUGUAUACCAACCAGGUUGAUGAGGGUAACAAUAGCUAUAGCUUGUUGAGUAAUGUGACUUUGGGUUUGAACGAGGAUAAGAUAUUUGCUACUGAAAGUGUGGUAUCCUCAAGCAUGCUAAGGAACCGGCAAAGAGGGGAGGGAACUAUGGUAGUGAAGAACAAUUUGGUGUCCAGUGGAUUAGGGAGUACACAUCAGGUUUAUGAUUACAAUGAGAACAAGGGUGGUUUUUGUUACUUUAGGAAUGUCAGCAGUCACAACUACACCAUUGUCUUUGAUCAAGUCACGGAUAAAUGUAAGGUUAACACUCUUUUGUCUAAUGUAUUUUCUUUCGACUAGUAUCUUUUUCUUUUCAGGAGAAACAAAUUUCAAAUUUUUUCAUUUUUCUUUAGUCGAUACUCCUAAUAAUGGAGGCCCUGUAAUUUUCAUUAUUCAGCUUAACAUUUGGGUUAAUAAAAAUAGACUUUUGCUUUA